CUUGCCCCGCUCGCUCCCUCCUCUCGCUGCUCUGCCACAUCUUCCUCUGCCUCCCACCCGAGGGACCAUGUCGCGGCUCAGCUGGGGAUACGGCGAGCACAACGGUCCUAUUCAUUGGAAUAAAUUUUUCCCUAUUGCUGAUGGGGAUCAGCAAUCUCCGAUUGAGAUUAAAACCAAGGAAGUGAAAUAUGACUCUUCCCUGCGACCUCUUAGUAUCAAGUAUGAUGCAAACUCAGCCAAAAUCAUCAGUAAUAGUGGCCAUUCCUUCAGUGUUGACUUUGAUGACACAGAGGACAAAUCAGUUCUGCGUGGGGGUCCUCUCACUGGAAGCUACCGCUUGCGACAGUUUCACCUUCACUGGGGGUCUGCUGAUGAUCACGGCUCUGAACACGUGGUGGAUGGAGUGAGAUAUGCUGCAGAGCUCCAUGUUGUUCAUUGGAAUUCAGACAAAUACCCCAGCUUUGUUGAGGCAGCUCAUGAGCCAGAUGGACUAGCUGUCUUGGGAGUAUUUUUACAGAUUGGUGAACAUAAUUCUCAACUGCAAAAGAUUACAGACAUUUUGGAUUCUAUUAAAGAAAAGGGUAAACAAACUCGAUUCACAAAUUUUGACCCAUUAUCUCUGCUUCCUCCAUCCUGGGACUACUGGACAUAUCCUGGUUCCCUAACAGUCCCACCUCUUCUUGAGAGUGUCACGUGGAUUGUUUUAAAACAACCUAUAAAUAUCAGCUCUCGACAGCUGGCCACAUUCCGCACUCUCCUCUGCACGGCGGAGGGCGAGGCAGCGGCUUUUUUGUUGAGCAAUCACCGCCCACCACAGCCUCUGAAGGGCCGAAAAGUAAGAGCCUCUUUCCAUUAAAAAUUGUCACCAGCUGACCACCCCGAACAGGUCCGUGAAGAGAAGACAAAACACAAAAAUCCCUCCUAACAGCUCUUUCCUAGAAUUCUGAUUAACGGGUACCAUUUUGCUCUGAGCUUCAACACCACAAGGAAGAUCAGAUCGCUGUAAUCAAGCUAACUUAACUCAUCCAUCUCAUAUUUGCACUCAUGGGUAUUCAAACAGUAAACAUUGUUUGAUGUGUGUUGAGAUCGACGACAUGCAUCUACUUCAACCUGCGUGAAAACAUGGCAGGCGUUGCAAAACCUCUGAGUCCAUUAAAAAUAUUCCCUUGCCCUAGAGUUUGAAUCGGCCAUAUCUCUCAGUAAUGUUUGGUCAAAAAAUUAAAAUCUUCUCCAGAAUGAUAAGAUUGUGAUAUCUUUUUCUACACGAGUGAGCCUGCUUAAUGUCUUGGUAUCAUUACAAUUCAUAAAAAGUUGAUGAUAUUUCCUUUUAAAAUGAAUUUUUUUUCUGAUUACGUUGUUGAUCCCCAUUGCACGGUACCUUUAAUUAGAUGAACAAUAUGAGCGUGGUUGGGGGUGGGAUAUAAUCCUCACUGGGUCUACUCCAUAGCUCAAAAUUAACCCAUCCAGUUUUGUUGGGAAUCCCUCAGGAUAUCAGUGACUGUAUAAACUUUAAUGAAUUGUGCCCUAUAUCACAUUCAUGCAGUAAUGUUAAUGAUAAACAGGUUAAUAAUUGACUAGAUGCAUUGGUUUAAAACUAACAGAUUGGAAGGUACCAGGCAAGUGGAGAAGCCCAAGGGCCUGAUGGAUAGGUUGCUUACUUUUUCCCUGUGUUUUGUCAACAGAACAGGGAUCAAUCCUGUGUAGGUCACUGUUCUGCCAAGUGGUGGAAAAUAUUUACUUGGGUCUCAUAUAAACAUACAAUCCAUCCAUAAACCCUCCAACCCAUUUCCAUGGCAAAGCCCAUCUCCCCUUUUAUGCACGUCCCUUAAUCUCAAAAGUAAUUUUGUAAGUUGGCUCUUGGUAAUUCAUUUUAACCUAUAGUCCCUAGUGUAUUUCUGUUUGUUUUUGGUGAAGGGGGUGGUGAAUGUCCUUUUGCUCUUGCUGGUGAAAGUGCCGUGACACUAUUAACCACAUAUAAGACUUGAACAUACGGUACACGUCUGUCAUCUGAGAGAAGUUUAGCCGAGUUUCCUUGAUUUUUGUUAAUUUGUUUCAGACACUAUUCCUCCUCUGGAUGUAGAUUUUGAUAAUUCAAAUUAUUCUGCCAUAGUCUUCUUGAUAGGAUAGCUGAGUAUCAGUAAAUUGUGUAAUAAUGCUGUACUCAGUUGCAGAAGAUAAGCUCCUGAAGUCUAAUGCUGAUACCUUGGUCGUUUUUGUUUUCUCUCACAGCAUCUAGCUUAAGUCUUGCAGGAGAUGGCCAUCUAGUAAUUAUUUAAUGAACUGAAUGUUUUAAAAUGUUUUUAUUUGAUAUUUGAUAUCUUCGGUGAUUAUCUUUCUGCUUGUAAUUAAAUGCACUAUCAGUAAAAUAAAUAAAUUUAUCUCUUAAAAA